AUGGCAGAGAAAGAACAUAAUAUAACAGCUAUUCAAAUACAAGAAAAAAUGGAAGAAAGAGGUGUUGGGAUUAGUGUAGAAAUAGUAAGGCGACAUCUUCGUAAGUCUGGAGGAAAGGUCUUCUGGCUUCCACCUCUAAACUUUUUGGUGAAGGUAACAUAG